UCCAUAUCUACAAGCAACCGAUCCCUUCGAACUACUUGCGAAAAUCCGUUUCCAUAAAUCGACUGCGAUCAUGCAUUGCACCGCCCUUUCUACCGCUGCGGCGGUCGUGCUGGCCGUUGCACCGGUUGUCAACGCCAGCCUGUAUCUCAAGAGCUCGCCUGUGCUGCAGGUCGACUCCAAGAACUACGACAGCCUGAUCGCCAAUUCGAAUCACACCUCGGUCGUCGAAUUCUAUGCCCCCUGGUGCGGUCACUGUCAAAAUCUGAAGCCCGCAUACGAGAAAGCCGCCAAAAACCUCGAGGGCCUGGCUAAGGUGGCCGCUGUCAACUGUGAUGACGAUGCCAACAAGCCGCUCUGCGGCCAGUUUGGUGUCCAGGGCUUUCCCACCCUGAAGAUAGUCCGCCCUGGCUCCAAGAAGGGCAAACCGGUUGUGGAGGACUAUCAGGGCCAGCGUUCGGCUAAGGCUAUUGUGGAAGCGGUCGUGGACAAGAUCAACAACCAUGUCAAGCGGGUCAACGACAAGGAUAUCGACGAAUUUCUGUCAACCAAGAAUGAGUCUGCCAAGG